AUGGGCGCGUUCGGCACGUUGGCGUGCGCUUCGGCGACAAUUCUAACCAUCGGAUCCCUGGCAACCAUGUGCUUGAUCGUUUCCGACAUCAACGGUCUCUACAAUGACGUCAUGGAAGAGUCCAGAACCACUCGUACUGUAGCCGACGACGCGUGGGCGGAGCUUCUCCGUAAGAACGGCGCUCCAGAAGCUUCAAGAGAAGCUGUGGCAGCCAUGCUUUUGGGUAGAAACAAACGUAACGCUCAGUGUAACUGUGGAGCCAAGAGCCAUGGAUGCCCAGCCGGACCACCAGGACCACGUGGACCAAACGGACAGCCAGGACAGGAUGGACCAGACGGUCUGGAUGGAGCCAAUGGAGCACCAGGAUACGCUGGAGCCAUCAAGGAGGAAUUCGGUGGGGCAUGCAUUUCUUGCCCAGCCGGACCACCAGGACCACCAGGACCAGAUGGAUGCGCUGGGGAGCCGGGACAAGAUGGAGAGCCUGGGCAUGAUGGAAAGAAUGGAUCACCAGGGGCUCCAGGAGGACCCGGACCAAAGGGACCAGCUGGGCAUCCAGGAAAGGCCGGAAGAGGGGGACCAAGAGGACCAGCUGGAGCCAAAGGACAGACCUAUCUGCCAGGAGCCGCGGGACAUCCAGGAAACAGUGGAAGACGAGGACCACCGGGACCAGCUGGACCAAAUGGAAAGAAUGGAAAGCAGGGAGCCGAUGGUAUUCCAGGAGCCGGUGGUGCUCCAGGACAACACGGAAUUCCUGGAGUCGAUGGAGAACCAGGAGCACCGGGAGAGGAUGCCGCGCCAGGAGGAGAUGCCGCCUACUGUCCAUGCCCAAAUAGAUCGGUGGCUGUGGAAGCGGCUCCAGCCACGACUGAGCAGAUUUAUAAGACUCAUUAA